CUAACCGCACCCACUGCCACUGGUUGCUCCUUUAGAUUCUGGUACUCAACCAAAGUUUCGAGUUGUUACCUUUAAAAUUCGCAGCUUCAGAUAACAAUGCGCUGUCAGACAAGGACCCUGCAUGUUGUUGUUGUCAGCGAUUAGGGAGGCUCUAGACAAAUUCUCCACUGUCGGCAUCGGCAAUAUGUCGAGCGCGGAGGAAAUCGAAAUCGCCGAAACAACGGACUGCAACUGGCGCAGCGGAAAGACUUUGAUGGAUCAGCUGUGGUUCAUGUACGAAAAGCAGUUGGGCGUCGAUCUCAAAAUCGCUGUUGCCAGUGACGACAAGCGAAUUAAGACGUAUCAAUGCCACAAAAUGAUUGUGCGGAGGCUCACCGCAGCGUUCGACCUGACUCUGAAUGAAUCUGGCGAUGGCUUCCUUUCUUUGGACAUUGGCAACCUGGACCCGAACAUUUUCGCUGUGAUUUUGACGUAUGCAUACACCGACAAGCUAGAUUUUGAGAACAUGGACAUGAAGGACGUUAUUGCAGUCCACAAGGUUGCAAGUUUGUACCAAAUGGACGCCAUCAGGCAGCAAUGCAACAAGACGUUUUUGAUCAAGAUGAACAAAAACAAUGUUUGGGAUCUCUUAACUUUCUUGGAGGAGCAGUCAGACGUGGAUUUGGAGCGCUGUUUGAGCUCGUUUCUUUCCAUGAGCGUCACUGGUUGUCUGGAUUCGCCCAAUUUCCUCGACUGUGGCCUAAAAGUUCUGGAAUUCAUCGUGGGCCAGGAGGAGCUGCCUGUCGCUGAAGUGAAUUUGAUCGAAUCCGUGAUCCGUUGGGCCAAACACAAGGAGCCGGAACUGACUCCGGAAAAGUCAAAAGAUCUUCUUGGCCCGUGCUUGGGGAAACUCCGCUUUUUGUGCCUGACUCCGGCCGAGUUUUCAGAGGUAGUCGCCCCGAGCGGAUUGCUGCCACAAGACGACUGUCUCUCCAUUUUGGUCAACAUCAUUUCUGGAAACAAAGCGAUGCCUCUGCCUGACCACAUUUGCAAACUGGACACUCCCAGGAUCAAACUGCAAGAUGAGCCACUGGAGCCAAAUUCGCCCACCCCUUCCUCGGAGGAGCAGCUAGAAAAUCCGACAUUUCCUGCAAAAGUGGAGCCCAGUGCAGCUCCUGUGGAGACAUACCCAACAAGUGAGGCUUCUUCGACGUCUGAGGAAAUCGACUGUUUGCUGGUUCGCCGUCCUGCCGAUCCCAAGUUCCAGCUGACAAUGUUUUCGCUUGAAGCACCUGGAGAGAUUGGUGUUAACAUCGAAGUGUCGAAAUCAGCAAUUUUGACCGGAGUUAGGAUCACAUCUCAAGUGACUCCAGUUGGGUGCGAGCCUGGCAAUUACCAGGAGGACAUGUACGUAAGUGUGAUGGCAAUCUCCAACGGAAAGCAGUCGCAGUGUGCCUUUCAGUCCUACGGUCUAAAAGCUCAGAAUGGACAAAACAAGUAUUUUGAUGUGAUGUUCAAACAUCCAUGUAUGUUGCAAGAAAAAAAGGUGUACUUACUGAAAGUGGUUUUGCGCAAGCCAGGAAUGUACAUGUUUAACAAACGGCUAAAAUCAGUUUCUGUUGAUGGUUACCAGGUCAAGUUUAGUGUGGUUGGAUGUAAAAAAGACACAAAUGAUGCUGACCCAAUUCAAGCAAUAUUUUUAGUGGAUUUUGAUAAGGCAUUGUGUGCUUAAGAACAAUGGAUAAUUAAAAUUAAAUAUAUACUUAGUGCACUUACACUAAAAAAAUGCUCAAAAAUCAUUUAUUUUUUAUCUCAUUUUUCCAUCAUGUCAAAGAGGUACAAUAAUGGUAAUGUGAGUGGCGAGGAG